AUGCGCAGCCUCACUCCGACGACUGUACAGGUCGCCUCGGUUGCCGCGUCUUCACCAGACCGGCACGGAGCAGCGCUCGCGGUCGACCCCGAGAGCGGGAGGGUGUACGCCGCGGUUGAGCGGAUCGAGGACGGCGAGGUUCACGUGGAGAUUGUGCGCCUCGAAGGGGUGGAGGAAGGGGGAGCGUUUGCAGAGGUGGUUGCGUCGUUCUCGUCGCCGGUGCUCGCACCGUUCGCGCUGCCGGAUGGCGCACCGCAGACUCUGAGCGUGCAGUAUUUUGCGGAUGACCGGAGUGUUAUCGUCCUCUUGGCGGGCGGAGACAUCGCUGUGCUCCAGCUUGACAAUCCCGAGGUGGGCUUAGUGGUCGAGGUCGUGGGGAGCAUCGACAGCGGGAUCAAGGCGGCCGCGUGGUCGCCCGACGACGAGCAGCUCGUACUCGUCACGGGCGAGGAUAACCUCGUGUGCAUGACGCGGUCCUUUGACACGAUUUACGAGGGGCCCUUGCGUUCUGACGACUUUGGAGAGGACAAGUUCAUAAAUGUCGGAUGGGGAAGCGAGGGGACACAGUUCCAUGGCUCGCUGGGCAAGAAGGCGCUCCUCGCCGCACAGGAGUCGGCCAAGGCACCAAAGCCCAAAGCUUUUGCCCAUCCUACCGACGAUGGAGUCCCACGCAUCACGUUCAAGGGCGACGCUGGCUUCUUCGCCGUCUCCAGCCUAGAUCCUUAUCCAUCCGGGGGCGCGCGCCGCCAGGUGCGGGUGUACAGCCGUGACGCCGCGAGCGGCUUCGAGCCGCGCCUGAGUGCCACGAGUGAGACUCUUGCAGGGCUCGAGGGCCCGAUCGCCUGGCGACCAGUCGGGAACGUCAUCGCCAGUCUCGUGCGGUACGGGUACGAGGGAGGCGGAGAAGGGCGGCCUGGACGGUGGGAUGUGGCCAUGCUCGAGCGUAACGGCCUGCGACACGGCGGCUUUGAGCUCCGCGAGGCAGAGAAGAGCUGGGAGGGCGGAGUUGUUGUCGACAUGGCAUGGAACGCUGAGAGCGACGUCCUCGCAAUCUGGCUCCGCCGGGCAGAGGGGGACGUUGUCCAGCUUUGGACGAUGAAGAACUACCACUAUUACCUCAAACAGCAGAUUGUGGGAACGCGCCGCUUCGCCGCGGUGCGCUGGCACCCCGAGACGCCCAUGGCACUGUACCUUAUCGACGCGGACAACGUACAGGUCCGCUCAUUCGUGUGGGACACGUACGCCGCCCGCCUCCCAAUGCCGGGAGACACAGCGACUGUUGCUGUGGUCGAUGGAGACCGCCUCCUGAUCACGCCCUUCCGCACACAGAACACCCCUCCACCCAUGUCCUCAUAUCAACUCGCCCUCCCGGCGCAGGCCGUACACGUCAGCAUGUCGCCAUCCGAGGACGCUCUGGCCGUCCUCACCACUACCGGCAUGGUGCAGGUCUGGGACCUCGCCACCUCACUUCCCCAGGCUGGCGCCUCGCGCUUGCGUGCCGGCGGCAAGGUGUCCGCCCCAAAGUUGCGGUGGGAGCGUAACCUUGCGCCCACCGGCGAGUUUGUACCGAAGCAGGUCGCGCUCAGCGGGGACGGCAAGGUGGCUGCUCUGUUCUGGGGCGACGGCCCGGACGGCGCAGUGUUGCGUACGGCGGACGCAAAUGAGGCCGGCGCGAGCGUGCUGCAUGACACCGACUGGGUGCUGUGGGAGCGCGAAGCCGGAUUCCUUGUGGUGGACCGCCACGGUAUUCUCCGCAGCGUGGACGAGGCACAGGGCAUUCUUGUGACGUUGUGUCGGCCCGCGGGGGUGAAGAUCUCGGCUGAGACGGGCCUCGUCUUCGCCCUGUCGGACAGCGGGCGACUGCAUGCUGCCUUCCUUUCGGGUCGCGAGUCAGAGCUCCUCACGAGCGGCGUGACGUCGUUCACCCUGACUCCCGACUUUUGCAUCUACACCACCACGCAGCGGAGCUAUUACGUGCCACUGUUUUCGGUCGCCGCCAUUUUGGCCGGAGAGAAUCUGGAGAUUGUCAAGGAGCGCGAGUGGGACGAGCGCCGCAUCGAGCGCGGUGCGCUCGCCGUGGCUGCGUGCCCCAGCAACAUGGCGCUCGUGCUCCAGAUGCCCCGCGGAAACCUUGAGACGGUGUACCCCCGUCCACUUGUGCUCGCUGUCGUGCGGAGGGACAUCCUCGCGGGCGAAUACCGUUCUGCUUUCCUCACCUGCCGGAAGCACCGCCUCGACCUCAACAUCCUGUACGACCUCGACCCCCAACGAAUGAUGGAUGCCCUCCCAUCGUUCUUUGAGCAGAUCCCCGAGCCCGACUACCUGAACCUCUUCGUCUCGCAGCUGAACGCCGAUGACUCCUCCAUCGUCCUGUACAAGGACUUGAAGCGCGAUGCAGCUCGCGUUCCCGUCCCGGCGACCAAGGUCAACGACGUGUGCGAUGCUCUCCGCGUGCUCGUUCAAGUCGACACGGUAAAGUAUGUUGAGACGAUCCUCACCGCCCACGUGUGUAAGCAGCCGCCCGACUACGAAGCCGGCCUCCGUGUCCUGCUGCAUGUGCAGAAGGAGCACCCCGAGAUUGCUCAGGAGGCGAUCAAGUACAUCAUCUUCCUGUCCAACGUCAACCAGCUCUUUGACGUCGCGUUAGGGAUGUACGACUUCCAGCUCGUGCUCAUGGUUGCUCAGUACUCACAGAAGGAUCCUAAAGAGUACCUUCCCUUCCUGCGCGAGCUGCGCGCACUCGAUACCCACGAACAGCGUUUCCGCAUCGACGAUCACCUUGGCCGCCGGGAGAGUGCGCUGCGCAACCUCCACGCUGCAGGCCCGUCGCGGUUCGAUGACGCUGCGUCAUAUCUCUCUCGGUACGAGCUUUGGGACGAGGCGUUCGACCUCUACGCGGGUACGGAUGAGCUGCGUACGGUGCAGGACCUGUAUGGCGAUUACCUGUACGACCGGCGAGAGUUCCACGAUGCGGCUAUCUCACACACACUCGGUGGGAGGCGCGACAAGGCCCUCAAAGCGUACGAGAAAGCACAUGCUUGGCGGGAGCUUUUUACGCUGGCGCGCGAACUGGAGACGCCCCCGGCCGCCAUUGCUUCAAUGGUGGAACGUGUAUCCGACUAUUUAUCCUCGAGAGGACGGCAUGCCGAGGCAGGUCAGGUGCUGAUCGACUAUGCGGAGGAUGUGGAUGCUGCGGUUGAUGUGUUGAGCCGAGGCGCCGAGUUUGCGGAGGCUUAUCGUCUUGCGUCUCGUCAUGCGCGCCCUGAUCUGGUCGGCGACUUUAUUAACCCGGCGCUGGAGGAGGCACAAGAGAUUCUCACUGAAACACUCGAGGAGAUGGACGGUCAGUUGGACAAGGAACUGCGGCGACUUGAUGAACUGCGGCAUGUUAGGCGGACAGACCCCGACGGAUUCUACCUCGUUGAGAACGAUGAGGAGCUGGAGAACGUGGACGUAGCGACCAAUGCCACCACCGUGGCAACGGCGUUUACACGGUACACUGUUGCGCCCACGACUGUGUUUUCGCAAUCGACCCGCAUGACUGGGCAAACGGCUCGAUCGAAGAACAGGCCGUCCAAGAGACGCCAGGCUGGACGGAAGGGGACUGUGGACGAGUACGACUAUCUCGUGGCAAGCAUAGGACGUCUGGUCAAGCGUGUCGAUGACAAGAGUGCCGAGGCACUGUCCCUUCUGCGUCCGCUGGCGACAUCGCCUCACCGGGACCUGGCGUCGGAUCUUCAGAAGGCGGUGGUGACGCUGCGGGCCAAGCUGGCUCGUGGGCUGGAGAACGCGUGGUCGGACCGCGAGACCAUUCUGGAUGGGGUGGAAAGUUCUGGUGGCAUGGGUCUGGGCGGAGACGCGACGGCGGCGCGUGCGGCUGAGCGGCCGUUGGUGGGUCCUUGGAAGGGGCUGACGAGGCUCGUGUAG